AUUUGCAAUGGCGGAUUCGGGUCUUCAGAAGAUGACCCCACUGCCGGGGCAUAAACCUGUCCCACAGAAUCUAUACGCUACGUGGGAAAUAGAUAAAUCGUCGCCGAAUUGUAUACCAAGGCUAUGCACACUCAAACUGACAAGACUCAUGGUGCUGAAACCCCUAGAACAAGACCUUACUUCUAUUAUCAUAGCUGUCAAGAUGCAGAUAGGUAGCCAGGGUUCUAAGAGGACCCUGCGUACCACUGAGAUUGUGUUGCAGCCCAAUGGCACUGUAGACACAGAACUAGAUAUUACCUUCAUUUUACAGUACCCCCACUUUUUUAAACGAGAUGGCAAUAAACUUCAAAUCAUGCUGCAGCGGAGGAAAAAGUAUAAGAACCGCACAAUUCUUGGCUAUAAAACACUUGCUGUGGGCACUGUGAACAUGGCACAGGUCCUCCAGCGAGCAGCUGACAAAGAGCUAGUCUUAUACCCAGAUAUUAAAGAUGCCCAGAGUGACCUCAGUCGUAUUGCACAGGUCACCAUUCUGGCCUUGUCUAGUCAACCAGUUGAUAAAGAAGAAAAUGGGAGAAGAAAGCAUCAAGACUCAGUGGAAGCAGGUGAUUAG